AUGGCAGCACGCUGUUGGAGCAGCUUUCUCCACUGCUUUUUUGACUAUGAAACACCCAAAACUAUUGUUAUCUACAACAAGGGAGUAGGGUCAAUCUUCAGAUUUAUCCAGUUUCUGAUCAUUGCUUAUGUAAUUGGGUAUGUGUGUCUGGUGCAGAAAGGUUACCAGGAAACGGAGGCGGUCAUCAGCUCUGCGACCACUAAAGUGAAGGGCUACGCGGCCACCAACACCUCUGCCCUGGGCCUCCACGUCUGGGAUGUGACCGAGUACGUCAUCCCUCCUCAGGGGGAUGAUUCUUUCUUUGUGCUCACCAACAUCAUUCCUACUCCAGGCCAAAUUCAACAGGCUUGUCCUGAGGUUCCACACCCCUCAUCUAUCUGUGAGUCUGAUGACGACUGCUCUGAAGGUCGCAGUCCUCUCCAAGGCAAUGGCGUUCAGACUGGCCGGUGUGUGAACUACUCCGCCUCGGUGAAGACAUGCCAGGUGCUCGCCUGGUGCCCCCACGAGGACGACUCUAACUUGCCAAAACCUGCAUUGCUGUUGAAAGCAGAGAAUUUCACAGUGAUGAUUAAGAACAGCGUGCGUUACCCCAAAUUUGGGUUCAGCAAGAAAAACAUCUUGGCCAACAUCAGCAAAGGGUACCUCAAGACCUGCAGAUACCACAGCACCACGGACCCUCACUGUCCCAUCUUCAGGCUGGGGGAUAUGGUCCACGAGGCGGGUGCAGACUUCCCCACCAUGGCAGAAAAAGGUGGCGUCAUGGCCAUUCUGAUUGACUGGAGCUGUGACCUGGACUGGCCAGAGAAAGAUUGUGUUCCCAAAUACAGCUUCGUCAGGAUGGACAAAAGCACCCACAACACAGCCCCUGGCUUCAACUUCAGAUUUGCAAAAUACUCCAACAAUGGAAGCAUACAGUCCAGAACAUUAAUCAAAGGAUUUGGAAUACGUUUUGAUGUGAUUGUCUUUGGCACGGCUGGCAAAUUCAGUGUCCUGCUGACAGUUGUGAAUCUCGGUGCAGCCUUGUCUUUCCUCAGUCUGGUGGGUGCUGUCUGCGAUUGGGUCCUGGUAACAUGCACAGCCAAGAAGGACUUCUACGCCAAGCACAAAACUAGUUAUCUCACUGAGGAAGGAACCGGGGAAGUGAUUUCCUUUGGGAAGAGCUACGGGACUUCUUGAAGGUUGUUUCAACGUGAAACCUCUUCGAAACCACAGGAGACAUGAUUUGGUGAACUCAAAGCUGUACGGGGUUUGGUCCACAAAAGAAAAAGGACAAAAAAAUCUCAGGUUGUAAAAUAUGAGAAGUCAAUGACAUUGGAACAAAGUA